GGCGGCGUACAGUUUGCAGAGGGUGCUGGAGAUACAGAGCCCGCUGGAGGGCGCCCUGCUGGAGGCGGAGGGGAGAGGGAAAGGCUGAAUGGCCGGGCUGAGGGCCUGCAGUAUCUGGAGCAGGUGAAUGGCCGGGCUGAGGAGCUGACAGUUCCUGACUUCUCUCCAGGUUUGGAAUGGCUGAAUACAAAAGGGGCCAUCUCUCUACACAAAGAUCUAUGCGGGAAAAUUGUGAUUUUAGAUUUCUUUACAUAUUGCUGUAUCAACUGUAUGCACAUCCUCCCUGACCUGCAUGAGCUGGAGCACCGGUACACCGAUACAGAUGGUCUUGCCAUUAUUGGAGUUCACUCAGCCAAAUUUCCCAACGAGAGAGUUCUGGAAAACAUUAAGAGCGCCGUUCUUCGAUACAACAUUGCCCAUCCUGUUGUGAAUGAUGCAGAUGCUACCUUGUGGCAGGAACUGGAAGUGUCCUGUUGGCCCACAUUGGUCCUGUUGGGUCCUCGUGGGAACAUUCUAUUCUCUCUAGUUGGGGAAGGAAAUAAAGAGAACCUGUUCCUUUUCACCUCUAUGGCCUUAAAAUUCUACAAAGAGAGGCAAGAGAUCAAUUCCAAUCGGAUCCCACUCCAACUCUAC